AGCUCUCCAAGUUAUCCACUGUUCGGUUAUUUGCAUAGUUUCACACAAUGCACAUCAGUGACCACACUGGAAUGCCUCUGCAUUUUGCAUAAAGAAAUUCAGCUUUGGCUAUUCAAAUUGUGAGAUGUUGCAGUUGCGCACGACUGCAAGAAAUGUUUUGCGUUUCCAGUGGUUGGAAUGGAGACUUUUAAAUCUUAUUACUCGAUGAGAGCAGGAGUGCUCAAUUUCAGGAUUCUUCAAAUUACUGUGUGUGCAGUUUGAGUGAAAACACAAUUUGAUGCCAGCGGUGGAUGAUGGACCCGACACAUUCUUAAAGAUGAGUCAGUAACAGCUUGACAAAGUGCCUUUUGGAAACACUUUGAGUCACACAUGUGCUUUUGAAGCAAAAUUGCAGUAUCGGGACGCGGAGGCUGUGGUCAGCCACUUUAUAUCCUUUGAGGUUUGUGGCUCAAGUUGGUAGCAAUCCCAGAAGAGCUUUUCUCCAAAGAGAGGCAGAGUUGGAGAGUUAUUUUCUAGAUUGAUGGUGGAUGGUAGCUUCAUUUAGGCAUCAUUUGUAUUUCCACAUGAAUUACAUCGCAGAACCUAUAUGCACCUCAGUGCUGCUUGAUAAAAAAAAAAAAAAAAGAAAACACCAGCCACUCUGGCAGAGGGGUGAUUUGUGUCACUGGAAGGCAUUUAAUUUAAGUAAACCACCUCUUCUCUCCCCUUCUCAGUCGCUUUCAUAUCCUAGAUAAUGCCUGACGUCUGGAGCGCUUCACUCACUCGGCUCCUUUGGAGAUUUGGUUUCAUCCAUGUAAAUGGCAUAUCUCUCUCUCCCCCCACCCCGUCUCACCCGAGAUCUUUAGCCGCUCCUCUGCUCUCAUGUGUCUUACUCAAAGGUUUCAGAUGUGUCAUAUUGGUGUGAUGUUUGAUGCCACAGUGAUCAGGCUGCAUUCAGAGCUGACUAGACUAGUUCCACCACAGAGGAUGUCUUAAUCCCCGAGUUGGAGUGGCCACUUAUCUCCCUGCACAUCUCAGCAUGGAGAUAGAGGAGCUUUGGGAGUACAAAAGAAAGAGAAGCGUCAGUACAGAGAACCAACCCAACUGUGCAGCAGCUCAGUGUUGUGUUUUACUCAUUUCUUUAAUUUAUUUUCGUAUUUGUUCCCAGAAUCCGCAGUGGUGCUGCGAUGGCGGCAGGGAUCUCUCACUCCUUGUUCCUGAUGUGUUGGAUCCUCCGAACAGCCAGCCUGGCGUUCCCAGAGGAACCCGGACCCCUGAACUUCAUCCCCACUGAAGUGGUAAGAAGAUACCCCGUGUUCCUGGGUCGACCGCACCAAACGUGGCUCAGACAAGAGCCUCUGCACAUCCAGAGGAUCAUCCAGGUCAACCGGACGCUCUACAUCGGCGCCAGGGAUGAUCUUUUCCGGGUGGAGUUGGACAACAGUGCUGGGGAUGAGAUGUUUUACAGCAAAAAGAGAACAUGGGAGUCGAACAAAAAUGACAUCAGGAUCUGCAGGAUGAAGGGCAAACAUGAGGAUGAAUGUCGCAACUUUAUCAAGGUGCUGCUCAGCAGACAGGGGGGCCUCUUUUUGUGUGGCACCAAUGCCUUCAACCCGCUCUGUGCCAACUACACUGGCGACACUCUGGAGAUGAUAGGUGACGCAGUCAAUGGGAUGGCGAGAUGCCCUUAUGACCCCAAACACGCCAACGUUGCUCUGUUUGCUGAGGGGAAUCUGUUUACAGCUACGGUGACAGACUUCCUGGCCAUUGACGCGGUGAUUUAUCGCAGCCUUGGGGACAGCCCCGCUCUCCGCACCAUCAAGCACGACUCCAAGUGGUUCAGAGAGCCCUAUUUUGUGAGCGCCGUGGAGUGGGGACCUCACAUCUACUUCUUCUUCAGAGAGAUAGCCAUGGAGUUCAACUACUUGGAAAAGGUGGUGGUGUCGCGCGUCGCUCGCGUGUGCAAACGCGACCAGGGCGGCUCGCAGCGCGUCCUGGAGAAGCAGUGGACGUCGUUCCUCAAGGCCCGGCUCAACUGCUCCAUUCCCGGAGAUUCCCACUUCUAUUUCAACCUGCUGCACUCCACCAGCCCCGUCAUCAGGAUGCACGGCAGGGACAUCAUCCUGGGCGUGUUCUCCACGCCAGCAAACAGCAUACCGGGUUCGGCUGUGUGCGCUUUUGACAUGGAGCAGCUGGCUGCUGUGUUUGAUGGAAGGUUUAAGGAGCAGAAAUCUCCGGAGUCUAUUUGGACGCCUGUUCCAGAUGAACUCAUCCCAAAGCCAAGACCCGGUGGCUGCGCCGUCCAAGGAUCCAAGUUUAAUUCCUCCAACUCGUUCCCCGACGAGAUGCUGAACUUCGUCAAGACCCAUCCCCUGAUGGACGAAGCGGUUCCAUCACUCGGACAAAGACCUUGGAUUGUGAGGACCAUGGUCAGGUACCAGCUGAAUAAGAUUGUGGUGGAUACAGAAGCCGGGCCGUACAGGAACCGCACCGUCCUCUUCCUUGGGUCAAGCAGAGGAACCAUCCUCAAGUUUCUCAUUAUGCCAAACCAAGACAACACGGUGACCAGCAGCAACAUCUUUCUGGAGGAACUGGAAGGAUUUAACCCUGACAAGUGUGCUGAGGACUCUAUGCAAGCCAGGCAGCUGCUGUCUCUCACUCUGGACCGGGCGAGCCACACACUGCUCCUCGCUUUUCCCUCCUGUGUGGUCAGAGUGCCGGUGGCCCGAUGCCAGCUCUAUUCCCGAUGCAUGAAGAACUGCAUCGCCUCCAGGGACCCGUACUGCGGCUGGACGAGAGGAAGCACCUGCUCCUUUCUCAGACCUGGAACCAGACUGCCAUUCGAGCAAGAUGUUGAACACGGAAACGUGGCCCACUUGGGUGACUGCGACGGAAUACUGUUUCAGGAGAGUUUCAUCGAGGAGCCGGACGGCCUGGUGUCCGUAAACCUGCUGGUGGUGUCUGCCGUUUCAGCCUUCUCCACAGGAGCCAUCCUCUCUGGUCUCACUGUCUGCUGGAUCAUGAGCCACAGGAGCUCCCGCGGCUCUGGAGCCAACGGCGCCCGUCGCAAAAACGACAAAGAGCAGACCAUGCUGGGGCAGGGUCGCAGCGGCUCGGUAAUGAGCGUGACCAGAACGAGCGGAGGCGAGAGGCGGCGCUCGCAGCCAGAUAACCUGUUUGUGAUGCCCAACGGUUGGCCUAAAGGAGAGAUUGACCCAGGUUUACUGCCCACUCCCGAGCAGACCCCGCUGCAGCAGAAACGAGUCAUGCGCCUCCCAGACGCCGACUGGGACCAGAGCCAGACCUUCCUCACCUCCGUGGGAAACCCAUGUCCCAGCAACGCUGUCAUCUACCUGAGCUCCAAGUUUCUGCACGGAGGCGGCGGAGGCGGGGGUUUGGUACGGAUAGAGGACCCCGGCGAGGUGGUCCUGCCCACACACUCUGAUCGCCAGCGUUACCUCAUCCUUGCCACCCAAAGAGGCGAGCACGGAGGCAGCCGUCCCACCGGCAGCCUGAGGAACUCAGCAGGAGAGUACAUCUACCCUGCCACUCCCCAGGAUUCGCCAGAUCGACGUAGGGUGGUCUCUGCUCCCACCCCACAUGUGGACUACGGAGAGCCUCGUUGGAGUCACGAGACGCUCAACUACAACAGCAACAACGGCAUGCCCUAUUACGCCCAGCGCCAGGGUCUCAUCAGGCCAGACGUGCACGGACCUCGAGGUCUGGGAGAGCUGGCUGAAUUCAGCCACCUGCUGGGGAAGAACAUGGGAGAGCACGCCCCCAGUGGCCAAUGAGGUGAAGUGAAGCGAGUGUUGAUGCCAAGCUCUAUGGGUUAAAAAAAAAAAAAAAAAAAAAAAAAAAAAACAUUCCUGCCAACAGAAAACUGGAAAAUAUCCACCCCCCAGACUCGCCGUCCUGAUCCGACCUUAUCCUUUCUGUCCUCUCUCGCUGUCAUUCAAUGUCCUGACGCCAUUCAGAGAGAGGCAGAGAGAAAAGAGUUGAAAGUUGAGAGAAUUCUCAAACCAUUCAGUUUCUCUGUUCAUAACCUGUGGUGUGCCACCCGCAGCUCAUAGCUCUGACACAACAAGUCUCACAGGAAGGUAAAGAGUGGGGCCAAGAAGAAAUAGGAACCUUCUUGAAAAGACAGCUGAAGGAUUUAUACCUAUAACAACAACAACGAAAAAAAAAACAAUAUUCCUUGUGAGGGCAAAUGUGACAUGGCCCCCUUGACCACUUCGUUCAUUGCUAAGUCAUGAUCGGACCUUCUUUUUGGUGAAUUAUUUUUUUGUCUCUGUUGUCUUGUGCCAGUGGCAUCCAGCAGACAACGAUGUGCUUCACUUUGGAUUUCAGAUGAGACAAAACUGUCGUAGCUCUGCCAGAGGACCUUGAAGAAGACAGAAGUCAUACAUCAUGUAAGGGUGUGUGUUUGGCCACAGCAACCCCAACCAGCGUCCUGUCUUAACUGUGAAGUAUGGCUAUAUAAUGAAUUUGGUGAUAAUAUUGUUUAUACAGAAAUGAUUUUAUUGUGUGUAAUUUUAAGUGUGAUUACCAAUCAGAAGCUUAAGCGGCUGAUCAGUGGCUAGUUAGGGCUGUACAGAGCCAUGGUGAAGUAAGAGAAAGCAAUAAUUAGCUAAAUGAAUGACAAUGACGAGAAAAGGACUAUCUAAUUUAAGUAUUUUUUUAUAAAAUGAGUCUUUACAACGAAGACGAGGACAGUUUCUGGCUCCCUCCACAUGCCUGGGUCUGUCUGACCCGACCCACAUCGAGGCCUCCCUGGGACCCGCGGUGCAUUUGAAGAAGGGGGAAUGUGAGCUGUCUGGCGAUCUGACCGAGGCGGAGAGGCUCCGCCGCUUGGGAGCUCCAUUCAGUCUCUUCUGCCGACACUGAGCCUCUUUGUGCCCCGGGCGCAGGAAGAAACUGCGGCCACAAAUAACAAUUAAGAGUCAGGGACCUGACUCAUCACAGCGUAGCAGAAUAGCAAUGAGGAGAGCUUCAGCUCCGUCCAGUCAGGUUCGGGCAUCUCCUGCGGAUCACCGGUCGCGGCAAAUCACUCAGUCGGCAGAGCGGGGAGGACCUGGGGCCCGAAGCCGCAGCGUGGGUCAGUGUCGGGACACGGCUAACCAUCACAAUGGUCAUCCCUGGUGGCUUCGUCCCUUUUUUAUUUUUUUGUCCCUUUCAGUGUGACUCCCAACAAAAGCGGGAUAAAGAAAACAGAUGGUCGUGCGCGCACUUGGGUGUGGAGUUUCUCUUUCACUCCGUUGUCUGAUCUUUUCAUGUUUUAUGUUUUUUUUUUGUCCGCUUUCAUCCUUUCUUGAUUCAAAUGUGUAGAUAUGCUUAGCUUUAAUCCAUCUGGGUCAGGGUUCGUUAAAAGGUGGCAUUUAGCUCUGUUUGCGUCUGUCAGCUUGUGUAUGAGAGAGUCUCUUAGGGCUUGUUUACAUCACUGUGUUGCUCAUAUUGAGUGCAAGAAACGGCUUUGAUCAGUUUCGCUCUCGCCCAACCCUUCUUAUCUUUUCAACCCCAUCCGCCUUACAUUUACAAAUAGGUACUAACAGUGUCACUGCUUUGUGUGGGAGUCGUGUGUGCUGCUGCAAAAAGUAUCAGAUUGGGCCUAAAAUCCUGCUGAAGUAGAAGAACAAGUUGGCUCUUUUCCUUUACAUGAUUGAUAUUGUUAAUAUAACAAGACCACAUGUGUUUUAUGAUUUAUAGCUUAGCUUAAAAGGGUCUGGCAAAAAAAAAAAAAAAAAAACUCAAUAAUGCACACUGCCUUGCAAAAUUAUUUACGCCCUCUGAACUUUUCCACAAUUAGUUUCAUUACAGUAGCAAAGCUUAAUGUACUUAAUUGGGAUUUUAUUUUAUAGACCAAUAUGGAGUAGUGUGUUACUGUAAAGUGGAAGAAAAAUGUUACAUCAUUUUCAAAAAUGUUUU